AUACCAACGGGCUCACGCACCAGUGACUUCAAAUUUGUCAGAUCUUACAAUGACAGCACGUUGCCUGCUGGUCUUACACUGCAGAGGAAUUCAAAUAAGUUAUUAGAAGGGAGUAUCAUCACUCUCAACACUGCAGGAGAGGCGCACGAGGUAAUAUUUUACUAAUUUGAUACAGGCCUAUCACUUGUUGUGUUUUUGGUUUUGGUUUAGAUUAUGUCUUGUUGUUAGGCUAAAUGUGGAAUUUCUCCACGCAUUGUUUGGCAUGAGUCGUGGUGUUUCAAAGUUCCUGUUUUUACUCUGUGUACGAUUAGUGUACCCUCAUCUCAGCAACUAGUUAGGCUAUUCGCUAGGGGUUGAUUUGACUGAAGUGGUUGCUAAUUGUUGGUUUGGGCUAUUAUUUUAUACUACAUUCACAAUUUUACAGACAAUACAGUUUGGUUUGCUUUUAUUUUGUGCCUGUGAUGGUAACUUGAUUCAUCACUUGACUGAUUUUCUGAUUUAGUUGACGAGUAGCCUAAGCUUGAUGGAAAUAGGAAAACAAGGUUUACUUUUUAAGUGGAAUCACUCUUAGUUUUAAAUAACCUAUAUUGACCCGUACUUUGUUGUUAGGACUUUUUUCAUUCACCAUAAAGCAUGUUCUCGACUCGGGAUGUGUCAUGAACCCUGCAUCCUGAGUCGGUUCCUGCCUGUGUUGCCAUUUUUCUGCUCGGAAUCUCCAGUUUCCUGAGGGUUCGUGAACGCUCCCGGCCUGGUUGCCGGGCGAGGUUGCUAGGCGGGAGAUCACCCGAUUAACCGCACCUGCAUCUCAUCAGCGGUCUGCACACCUGGUCCUGAUCAUCACCCUUCUUAAGCCCUGACCUGACAUCCAUUCCCUGCCGGAUCGUUAGCCAUGAACAGUAUGUUUGUCAGUGUAUCAGCCUUGGAGUUUCUAGCGUUAGUUUUGUUGUUUUGCACCUUGUUGGCUUGCCGUGUACUUACCUCCGUUUUGUUUCUAUCUGCAGUCAAUCUCCCGGAACCUUCACCCAACCCCUGCCUGGUUGUCGGCGGCUGCCGAGCCAUUCUUGGAUCUACCACUGCACCUCCACCAACUCAUCUCCGCCGUCCGCUCUGUCCCCUGGAUUAUUCUACAUCGUUUUUUGAAUCUGUUAAAUAAAUACUCACCUUCGUUUCAACUCACCUUGUCCUGGUCUGCUUCUGGGUUCUGGCUUAGUAAACCGUGACAGAACGGUCCGGCCAGAAAUGAACCCAGCGGACCUGGACUCUGUUCGCCAUGACAUUACCCAUCAGGAGAAGAUGUUGGGACAACAUAGCACGGCGCUACAGGAGAUAGCUUUGUCCGUUCGGAACUUUUCUACCAGUCUGACGAAGAUCCAGGCUCAGCUCAGUUUGCCGGUGGAGAAUCCACGACCGGUUUCAUCCAUCUCGCCUGCCGCUUCUGGAGCUGUGCCCUUCCGUGAGCCCAAGGUUCCGACGCCUGAUAAAUAUGAGGGGGAGUUGGGAAGAUGCCGUUCUUUCCUUAUGCAGUGUGGAUUAGUGUUCGAUCUACAGCCCCACUCUUAUGCCACAGACAAGGCUAGGAUAGCCUUUGUCAUUGAGUUGCUGCGUGGUCGAGCUCUGGAGUGGGCUUCAGCCGUUUGGGAACAACAGGACACCUGCAUGGCCUCAUACCAGGAGUUCACGGCCGAGAUGAGGAAGCUAUUUGACCAUCCCGUCCGAGGUAUGGACGCAGCUAGGCGCCUGUUUUCGCUUCGCCAAGGAACUCACAGCGUUGCCGACUUCGUGAUCGAGUUCAGGACUUUGGCUGUGGAGAGUGGGUGGAAUGAGGAGUCUCUGCAAGCGGCCUUUUACCAGGGGCUGUCGGAGCAGCUCAAGGAUGAGUUGAUCUCCUAUCCGGAGCCUAGUGACCUGGACAGCUUGGUAGCCUUGUCUAUUCGGGUGGAUAACCGAGUUCGAGAGAGAAGGAGUGAGAAGCAAUGGGGCCCAUCCACUUGUUCCCGGCUGUCGUCAAACUGCUCGGCUCGCUAAAGUUGGGAGGACUUUUAGCGAGCCAGUUUCAACCUCUCAAUACCUCUGUCAGACCCCGUUUCCCGGCUACCCUCAUGAACAGGAAUCAGAGUCUAGCGAUUAACGCUUUCGUCGAUUCAGGUGCCGAUGGAAGCUUUAUUGAUGCCGAAGUGGUGGAACAGCUGGGGCUUUCCAAGGAGCGAUUACCGGAAGCCAUUGAAGCUACCACUCUGAACGGCAGUAGUCUGGCACGUAUCACGAUGAGGACUGAACCGGUUAAGAUGCUGUUGUCAGGGAAUCAUUCUGAGGUGAUCUCAUUCUUCAUUCUGCCUUCUUCCCAUGUUCCUCUGGUCCUUGGAUACCCCUGGCUGAAAGAACACAAUCCCACGUUCGAUUGGGUGACUGGCAAGGUAACUAGUUGGAGCCUUGAGUGUCAUGCUAACUGCCUCAAGACUGCCUGUUCCCAUUCUGUUCCCAGUCAGGUGAUUGAGGCUAGACCCCCAGAUUUGUCCCUGGUUCCCGAGACAUAUCACGAUUUGGGGGAAGUGUUCAGUAAGCAGAGGGCUCUGUCACUCCCUCCCCACCGACCAUAUGACUGUGCCAUAAACCUGUUCCCUGGAGCUGUCUAUCCCAAGGGACGGUUAUACAGCAUCUCCCGACCUGAAUGUGAGGCUUUGGAGACCUACAUCAAGGAGUCCCUAGCGGCUGGUCUCAUUCGUCCCUCAUCAUCACCCCUGGGGGCAGGAUUCUUCUUUGUGGGUAAGAAGGAUGGCUCUCUUCGACUGUGUAUUGAUUAUCGGGGGUUGAAUGAUAUCACGGUCAAGAACAAGUAUCCCCUGCCCUUGAUGAGCUCUGCCUUCGACUCCUUACAGGGUGCUACUGUGUUCACCAAGCUAGACCUACGCAAUGCGUAUCACCUGGUCCGGAUCAGAGAGGGGGACGAGUGGUUGACGGGUUUCAAUACACCGAUGGGUCACUUCGAGUAUCAGGUGAUGCCGUUUGGACUGACCAAUGCUCCAGCAGUGUUCCAGAGUAUGGUGAAUGACGUCCUGAGAGAUAUGAUCGGUCUCUUUGUGUUUGUUUACCUGGAUGACAUUAUUAUCUUCUCGAAGGAACCUUCCAGCCACGUCCAGCAUGUCAGGCAGGUUCUGCAGCGAUUGUUGGAGAAUCGCCUGUUCGUGAAGGCCGAGAAGUGCGAAUUUCACGCCCACACUACAUCCUUCCUCGGGUACAUCAUCUCCAGGGGAGAGAUCAGGAUGGACCAGGAGAAGGUUAGGGCGGUUCUGGAAUGGGCCCAGCCCGGUACGAGAUUGCAGCUCCAGAGGUUUCUGGGGUUUGCGAAUUUCUAUCGCAGAUUCAUCCGGGAUUACAGCCGUGUGGCCGCUCCUUUAACUGCCCUGACUUCCAGUACCAGGACCUUCAGUUGGAACCCUGAGGCGGACCGAGCGUUCCUGGAUUUGAAGAGGCGAUUCACCAACGCACCGAUUCUCUCUCAACCUGACACGGCCCGUCAGUUCGUCGUGGAGGUGGAUGCGUCUGAUGUGGGGGUUGGCGCCAUCCUGUCCCAGCGAUGCUCCACUGACGGGAAACUCCAUCCCUGCGCCUACUACUCUCGUCGUCUUUCGUCUGCGGAGAGGAACUACGAUGUGGGUAACCGGGAGCUUCUCGCGGUGAAGCUUGCCUUGGAGGAGUGGCGCCACUGGUUGGAGGGGGCGGAGCAACCGUUUAUUGUCUGGACCGACCACAAGAAUCUUGCGUACGUGCAAUCGGCUAGACGUCUCAACUCCCGUCAGGCCAGGUGGGCUUUGUUUUUCGGACGCUUUAAUUUUUCCCUGACGUUCCGACCUGGGUCUAAGAACGGCAAGGCGGACGCUUUGUCCCGGAUGUUCUCCAAGACGGAGGAGAGUGGGGCCAAGACCGAGACGAUUCUUCCCCGGAACUGGGUCGUGGGAGCAGUUAUGUGGAGGAUUGAGGAGGAGGUUAUGGCGGCCCUUCAGACGCAGCCCGGUCCCGGUAACGGUCCACCCGGUCGUUUGUUUGUGCCUGAGUCGGUUCGUUCUGCUGUCCUCCAAUGGUCCCACGCCAGCAAGAUGGCUUGUCACCCUGGCGUGGCCCGGACGAUGGCGUUACUUCGCAGACGAUUUUGGUGGCCGGCCAUGGGAGAAGAUACUCGGAGGUUUGUUGCUGCCUGUCCAGUGUGUGCGCAGAAUAAGAGUGCCAACCGGCCCAGCUCUGGACUACUUCACCCCCUCCCUAUUCCCCGGCGACCAUGGUCGCAUCUGGCCCUGGACUUUGUCACUGGGUUGCCCUCUUCUGAGGGGAACACGGUCAUUCUGACUAUCGUGGACAGAUUCAGCAAGUUCGCCCACUUUGUGCCCAUUUCCAAGCUUCCCUCGGCCUCUGAGACGUCCGAGAUCCUGGUUAGGGAGGUUUUCAGGGUCCACGGGUUGCCCAGUGACAUAGUUUCCGACCGUGGCCCUCAGUUUACCUCUGCUGUCUGGAAGUCUUUCUGUUUGGCCAUUGGAGCUACAGUCAGUCUCACAUCUGGUUUUCACCCCCAAUCUAAUGGUCAGGCGGAGAGAGCCAACCAGAAGAUGGAAUCCACGCUACGCUGCCUUGUCUCCUCCAACCCCACCUCCUGGGUCUCUCAGUUGCCUUGGGUUGAGUAUGCCCACAAUACUCUCCCUACAUCUGCCACUGGGAUGUCUCCCUUCCAGUGCCUGUAUGGCUACCAACCUCCCUUGUUUCCUUCUCAGGAGAAGGAUCUCUCAGUGCCCUCUGUUCAGGCCCACAUUCGUCGUUGCCACCGGACCUGGCAUCGGGCCAGAAAGGCCCUCCUUAGAGUUUCUGACCGGUAUCAGCUCCAGGCGAAUCGUCGCCGGAUUCCCGCCCCCACCUAUACCAUCGGAGAUAGGGUCUGGUUGGCCACACGGGAUCUUCCUCUGCGGACUGAGUCUAAGAAACUGUCACCGAAGUUCAUUGGUCCGUUUGUGGUGGAGAAGGUGAUCAAUCCUGUUGCGGUUCGACUCAAGUUACCUAGAACGCUCAGAGUCCAUCCCACCUUUCAUGUCUCCUGCCUCAAGCCUGUUCUCCUCAGUCCUCUGUUACCCCCUCCGCCUCCUCCUCCUCCCCCUCGGAUGAUCGGAGGUGGUCCUGCCUACACGGUGCGCCGCAUUAUGGAUUCCAGACGGCGGGGCCGGGGUUUCCAGUAUCUCGUGGACUGGGAGGGGUAUGGUCCUGAAGAGAGGAGUUGGAUUCCUCGGCGCCAGAUCCUUGAUGCUGACCUCCUUCGUGACUUCUACCGCCUCCAUCCUGGCGCUCCGGGUAGUCCGCCCGGUGGCGUUCGUCGGAGGGGGGGGUACUGUCAUGAACCCUGCAUCCUGAGUCGGUUCCUGCCUGUGUUGCCAUUUUUCUGCUCGGAAUCUCCAGUUUCCUGAGGGUUCGUGAACGCUCCCGGCCUGGUUGCCGGGCGAGGUUGCUAGGCGGGAGAUCACCCGAUUAACUGCACCUGCAUCUCAUCAGCGGUCUGCACACCUGGUCCUGAUCAUCACCCUUCUUAAGCCCUGACCUGACAUCCAUUCCCUGCCGGAUCGUUAGCCAUGAACAGUAUGUUUGUCAGUGUAUCAGCCUUGGAGUUUCUAGCGUUAGUUUUGUUGUUUUGCACCUUGUUGGCUUGCCGUGUACUUACCUCCGUUUUGUUUCUAUCUGCAGUCAAUCUCCCGGAACCUUCACCCAACCCCUGCCUGGUUGUCGGCGGCUGCCGAGCCAUUCUUGGAUCUACCACUGCACCUCCACCAACUCAUCUCCGCCGUUCGCUCUGUCCCCUGGAUUAUUCUACAUCGUUUUUUGAAUCUGUUAAAUAAAUACUCACCUUCGUUUCAACUCACCUUGUCCUGGUCUGCUUCUGGGUUCUGGCUUAGUAAACCGUGACAGGAUGUUUGUUCCCUUUGACCGUUGUGUAUUGCCAACUCUGUUGUUCUUGAUGUAGGCUACGUUUCAGCACUGGACAGCAAGGUGACAUUUUCCCUUUAGCUACUGACGUCCAACCAACCUAUCGACCAGUCUGAGUCAAAUGGUCAGGAAACCAAUACAGAAAACGAAAUUAUAAGCAUUGGUUGACAUCGACAAUUUUCAUGAGGGCGGUUGAAAUAUUUUAUCAACCUGAAAUAGUCUUGCUAAGGUUGUGCUAUAGGCCUAAGUAUGUCUUAUUGUGAACUGUGUCAAUGUAGGCUUAAGUUUUUCCUUUUAACUUACGUCCAUCAGCAAUGUCUUCUCAUGCACGAUCAUGUCACGAUUAAAUUGCAUCUCCCUUAUUUUUUUAUGGUGGUAGUCAUCAACGUUGGGAGGAUACCAUCUAGGUGGUCUUCUAAGAAGGAACAUUUGGCAAACAAUGUAGGCUUGAGCAUUGAAACUGCUGUUUUCCUGGUGGACUCAGGAUGUCGCUGUCCACUAGCUAAGGACAAUUAUGUAGCCUUAGGAUAUCUCCACCUACUACAGUAGUAGCCUACAAAGGGCGAGUACACCCAGGCUGCCGCAUCACAGUGAAAAGCAGUCAGACAUAUUACCUUUCUUCCGCUUGGCUAUUGGUUUUAUUGUGCUUUAUAGUAGGAUAAUUUUUCGACAACCCUAAUUUCUCAAUUGGAGUUCAUUGGUAUUAGACAUCGAAGAUGGGCUACAUUGGCUUUAAGGUUCAUGCGUUUGUUUUCCAUCUGUUUUAUUGUCUUUGCCUCAUGCGCAUCACCAAUGGAGACGUGAGCUAUUCUGUUCCAGAGGAGAUGAAACGCGGAUCUGUGAUAGGAAAUAUAGCCAAGGAUCUGGGGCUGGAUGCUAAGAGACUUUCGGCUCGAAAAGCUCGUUUAGAGGAGGAUGGAACUAAACGCCAUUGUGACAUUAACCUGAAUACCGGAGCUCUUGUUGUAGCUGAAAUAAUUGAUCGGGAGCAGCUUUGUGGUCUGGCGUUAUCUUGUGGAUUAACAUAUGAAAUGGUUCUCGAAAAUCCUUUAGAAUUGCAUCGCAUAACGCUUCAAAUUCAGGAUGUUAACGACAAUUCACCCCAGUUUGCAGAUGAUGUUAUCAAUUUGGAAAUUAGGGAGUCGGCUGAUAAAGGUGAACGCUUUCCCAUCAACGAGGCCCAGGAUGCAGAUAUAGGGCAAAAUGCCGUUCAAAGCUAUUCUUUGCAAAGAAAUGGCCAUUUUGUUUUGAAUGUUCAUACUAACCGAGAUGGAGGAAAAUAUAGUGAGUUGGUAUUAGAAAAUGAGUUAGAUCGAGAACAACAGCAGGAGGUGACAUUGUUACUUACGGCGGUUGAUGGUGGAACUCCACAGAGAUCUGGUAGUGUAGUUAUACACGUCACUGUGUUUGAUGCUAACGAUAAUAUUCCAGUAUUUACCCAGGACGUGUACAGGGUCAGUUUGCCUGAAAAUUCUCCAUUAGGUACAGUGAUUGCUACAGUGAGCGCCACGGAUGCAGAUGAAGGAACGUAUGGGGAGGUGACAUAUGAUCUAGGUCGAGUUUCUGAUAACGUGAAGAAAUUAUUCCACCUUGAUAGUAAAAUUGGGUCUUUAACACUGACUGGCCCUGUUGAUUAUGAGGAAAAGUCCCUUUAUGAAUUGCGCGUCCUUGCCAAAGAUGGUGCUGGGUUAGUGUCUUACACGAAAGUGCUGAUAGAUAUUACUGACAUAAACGAUAACGCACCUUUGAUAUUUAUUAAAUCUCUGACCAAUCCAAUACCAGAGAAUGUGUUACCUGGCACAGAGGUGGGCAUCAUUAAUGUACAGGAUAAAGACUCGGAGGGAAAUAGACAGGUCCGUUGCUCCAUUCAACAAAACGUUCCUUUCAAACUUAACCCCUCAAUCAAAAACUAUUAUUCUCUGGUAACAACCAGUGAACUAGACCGUGAAAUAAUAUCAGAUUAUAACUUAACUAUCAUUGCCACUGACGAGGGGUCUCCACCCUUAUCCUUCUCAAAGUCCAUUCAUUUAUCUGUGUCAGACGUGAAUGACAACCCACCUGUGUUUGAAGAACAAUCCUACAGCGCCUAUGUGACUGAAAAUAACAAGCCUGGCUCAUCGAUGUGUUCUGUUACUGCGAGAGACCCAGACUGGAGACAGAACGGUACAGUGGUGUAUUCUCUAUUGCCCAGUGAGGUCAACGGUGUUCCGGUGUCAUCCUUUUUAUCCAUCAAUGGAGACACGGGUGUGAUCCAUGCUGUGAGAGCAUUUGAUUAUGAGCAGUUUAGGAGCUUCAAAGUCCACGUUGUAGGCAGAGACAAUGGUUCUCCUCCACUCAGCAGUAAUGUGGCUGUGAGUGUCUUCAUAACAGAUGAGAAUGAUAACUCUCCCCAGAUAUUAUACCCUGCUCCAGCAGGGAACUCCUUGAUGACUGAGAUGGUCCCCAAAGCUGCUCUGGCGGGGUCCCUGGUUUCCAAGGUGAUAGCUGUGGAUGCUGACUCUGGACAGAACGCGUGGCUUUCAUAUCACAUCGUGAAAUCGACUGAUCCGGGGCUUUUCACUAUUGGUCUCCACAGCGGAGAGAUCAGGGCACAGCGGGACAUUUCUGAAUCUGACAGUAUGAAGCAAAACCUUCUCAUAUCAGUGAAAGAUAAUGGACAGCCCUCUCUCUCUACAACCUGUGAUGUAUAUUUGCUCAUAUCAGAUAACUUGGCUGAAGUUCCAGAACUGAAAGACAUGGCUUAUGAGGAUAGUUCCAAAGUAACUUCCUAUUUGAUCAUUGCACUGGUCUCUGUUUCCACCUUUUUCCUGACUUUCAUUAUUCUCAUCCUGGCAGUGAGGUUCUGCCGUAGGAGAAAGCCUAGAAUGUUGUUUGAUGGAGCAGUCGCCAUUCCCAGUGCGUAUUUCCCUCCCAACUAUGCAGAGGUGGGCGGAGCUGGAACGCUGCAUAGUUCUUACAAUUAUGACGCAUACCUGACAACGGGCUCACACACCAGUGACUUCAAGUUUGCCAGAUCUUACAACGACAGCACGCUGCAGGCUGAUCAGACACUGAAGAGGAGUCCAAAUGAACCUUUUGAAGAAAAUAUCAUAACGUUCAAUACUUCGGAGUCUGAGGUGAGAUUUCAUAGCUUCAUGUGAAAAACUUUUUGAAACUAUCGGUUGCUCACUGUAUUGUGUGUUGUUGGCUAAUGUUAUUACAACCGUUUGGACUCUUCUUGUACUUCGAAAAUACUUUUCAGACAUUUUCUUUAGUGGCAUUUUUUAUAAUUGAUCAUCUCUGUAUUCAUAUGUAUGUUAUCAUCAUGAUCCCAUUUCUAUAUGACUUAGUAAAACACGUUGGCCCAUUUCUGGACCAUGGACAUUUUCCUCAGUAUGUCUCCACUCUGCAUCAAAAACUGCAGUGUGUAGGGACUUGAAAUAUCUUUAAAGAAUUGCCUUAUUUUUUAUAUACUUUUUUCCAGUGAUUGAAUUUGGAAAUACUUCAUGGAAUGUAUCUGUUGAAGGCUACAUGUACAUGCUACAUUGUCCAUUAAUAGUAGAUCGUUCGACUGAGAUGUUGACUUGUAUGGGCUGUAACACAAAGGGGCUCGUUUUUAUACAGUCAUCCAUUUUGAAAAACCUUUGUCGAUAUGAAAGGUCACAUUAUUUAACUAUGAAAGCAAUUUUCUGCAGUUUUAUGAAACCACACGAAGUGUCGCUAUUCACCAGCAAUAGCUUUUAAGUUUUCCUCUCCACACCAUGUGUCAUUUACAGGGAAGAGGCCUAAUUAGUCAGUUAAGCAGUGUAGAGAAGUCGUGUGUUUAACAUUUCGUAUAGAUCUCGUGGAUUUUGCUUUCACUGGUUAUGGACGUGUUGCUUUCACUGGUUAUGAACGUUUCCUUGGUUGAAUAGCACUGUAUUCUACCACAUCAUUGCAUUGGGAAUAUGUUUUAUUGACUGAAAAUGAAAUUAAAGGUAUUCUCUUUCUCUGCUUCGAUGUUCGGCCUGGCUUUGUUUCUUUUCCUGCACACCAGCUACGGAGAUGUGACCUAUUCUGUUCGGAGAUGAAACGCGGAUCUGUGAUCGGAAAUAUAGCCAAGGAUCUAGGGCUGGAUGCCAAACAGUUGUUGUAUGGGAAAGCACGCUUAGAUGUUGAUGGCAGUAUCAUUAAAUCAAUCUGAAUACUGGUGAUUUGGUCGUACCUGAAAUAAUAGACAGGGAGUAGAUUUGUGGUAGGAGGAUUUCAUGCACCCUAAAAUAUGAGAUGGUUCUGAAGAAUCCUUUAGAAUUACAUAAUGCCCCACAAUUCUUGGAACAUGUACAGUAGUUAAGUUCGAGAUCCGUGAGUCAGCCUUUAAAGGUGCUCGGUUUGCGGUCAAUCAGGCUCACGAUGCGGAUAUACGACUGAACGCAGUUCAACGCUAUACACUACAGAGGAACGACCAUUUUAGUUUGGUCGUUCAUACCAUUGCCGGUGGGGUGACUUAAGGUGAGUUUGUGUUAGAGCUCAUGCACCAGUGACUUCAAGUUUGUCAGGCUGAUCAGACACUGAAGAGGAGUCAAAAUGAACCUUUUGGAGAAAAUAUAAUCACGUUCAACACCCUGAGGUGAGAUUUUAUAGCUUUCACAUUGUGAAAAACUGAAAAGCAUUUUUUUGCCAUUUUGCAUAUAAUAUGAAACGAUCAGCAGCUGACUGUAUUGUGUGUUGUAGGCAAAUGUUAUUAUGACAGUUGAACUCGUCUGGUAUUUUUUCAGUCAUUUGAUUUAGUGCCAUUUUGAUCAUUUAUCUUUAUUUUCCCAUCAUUAACCCAUUUCAAUGUGACUUAAUAAAACACAUAGGCCCGUUUCAGCACCAUGGACAGUGUCCCUUUACUCAGUAUGUCUCCACUCUGCUUCAGAAACUGCAAGGUAGCAGCAGACGUGAAAUAUGUUAGAAAGAAAUGUCCGAUUUUUAAAUAACCCUUUUCCAGUGAUGACUUUUGGAAAUAUUUUAUGGAAUUCAUCUUUUGAAGGCUACAUGGACAGGGUACUUUUUCCAUUAAUAGAAGCCUAUAUCAUUCGAUUAGGAUGUGACAUUUUUUAAUCCAUGAAAACAAUUUACCCCCGCAUGUUUUGUUUUCGUAUGCGUGGCAUACUCUCCUCCAUACAAUUGGUGAGAGCCUUGCACACGAUUUUCUGCAGUUUUGUGGAACUACACGUAGUGUCGCUAUUCGCCAGCAGUAGCUUUUAAAUCCACCUCUCCACCCAUUGUUGACAUUUCCAGGGAGGGAGGAGACCUCAUUAUUGCAGUGUAGAGAAGUCGCUUAACAUUUUAACGUGGUACAUCUAUCUACUUGUCGCAAACAUUUAUUUCGUUGGAUAGUACUGUAUUUUACCACAUAAUUUGGCCUAUUUGGAACAAGUUGUGUUCUCUGUAGAUGGAAUACAGGGGAUUCUCGUUCUCUGCCUCGAUGUUCUGCCUGGCUUUGUUUCUCUUGCUCCUGCGCACCAGUUAUGGAGAUUUAACCUAUUCUGUUCGGUAGGAGCCAAGGAUCUCGGUCUGGAUGCCAAAACGCUGUUGUAUAGGAAAGCUCGCUUAGAUGUGGAUGGGAGCAGCAAACGCUAUUGUGAAAUCAAUCUGUAUACUGGUGAUUUGGUCGUCGCUUAACUAUUAGACAGGGACCAGCUUUGCGGUAGGAGGAUUUCAUGCGCUCGAAAAUAUGAAAUGGUUCUGGAGAAUCCUUUAGAAUUACAUAACAUAGUUAUUCGGGUAGAAGAUAUUAAUGACAAUGCUCCACAAUUGGGGAGGAUAUCGUUACAUUUGAGAUCAGAGAGUCAGCCGUUAAAGGUGCUCAAUUUGCAUUUUUUUUUUUACAUUUUUAGUCAUUUAGCAGACGCUCUUAUCCAGAGCGACUUACAGAAGCAAUUAGGGUUAAGUGCCUUGCUCAAGGGCACAUCGACAGAUUUUUCACCUAGUCGGCUCGGGGAUUAGAACCAGCGACCUUUCGGUUACUGGCACAACGCUCUUGCCCACUAAGCUACCUGAGACCCCAUUAUUUGCCGUUAAUCAGGCUCACUAUGCGGAUAUAGGACUGAAAGCUGUUCAAAACUACACACUACAAAGGAACGACCAUUUUAGUCUGGCUGUUCAUACCAAACAUGGUGCUGAAAAAUAUGGUGAGUUACUGUUAGAGAAAGAACUAUACCGAGAACAACAGCAGGAGGUGACAUUAUUACUUACUGCUGUUGAUGGUGGUACAACACAGAGAUCUGGCACUGUAUUUUGUAUUUUGUUUUUAUUAAGGAUCCCCAUUAGCUGCUGCCAAGGCAGCAACUACUCUUCCUGGGGUCCAGCAACAUUAAGGCAGUUAUAUACAAUUAAAAAUAUUACAUGACAUUACAUUUCACAACAGAUUUCACAACACAUUAAGUGUGUGCCCUCAGGCCACGACGAUACUAUCACAUACUGUAUCUACAAUACAAAAUCCAAGUGUACUUGUGUGUAGAGUGCUUGUGUUAUCAUGUGUAUGCACUGUAGUUAUACACGUUACUGUUCUAGAUGCAAAUGAUAAUAUUCCAGUAUUUAGCCAGGACGUCUAGAAGGUCAGUGUGGCAGACAAUUCUCAAUUAGGUUAAUUAGUUAUUACUGUGAAGGCAACAGAUGCAAAUGGGGAAGUUAUGUAUGAUUUUGGCCCCAUCUCAGAGGAAUUUACUACAUUAAUUUUUCUUGACCCCAAAACGGGAGACAUCAGUUUAGCUGGACAGAUGGACUUCGAAAGAGUCAAUUUAUGAAAUAAGUAUCCAAGCCAAAGAUGCCUCAGGAUUUAGGUAUUUUGCCAAUAUAGUCGUAGAAAUUACAUAUGUCAAUGCCCCGCUGAUACAUCGAACAUCUCUGAUCAAUCCCAUGCCUGAAAAUGUGUUACCUGGCACAGAGGUGGGCAUCAUUAAUGUACAGGAUAAAUAGGCAGGUCCGCUGCUCCAUUCAACAAAAUGUUCCUUUCAAACUAAACCCCUCAAUCAAAAACUAUUAUUCUCUGGUAAAUACAUGUGAACUAGACUGUGAGAUAAUAUCAGAUUAUAACAUGACAGAUUACAGAUUAUAACAUGACAGCACGCUGCAGGCUGAUCAGACACUGAAGACGAGCCCAGAUAAACUAUUAAAAGGAAGUAUUAUCACUCUCAACACUGCAGGAGACUGAGGUAACCCACUCCACUGGGCACAGACGUCAAUUCAAUGUCUAUUCCACAUUUGUUCAACCUAAUAUCACUGAAAUGACGUGGAAACAAAGUUGACCAGUGUGUGCCUAGUGUGAUGCCUUUAUUUAGGAUUUUAUGAGAAUGGUAACAUAGUUUUGAGACGAGAUAUUACUCAUUUGCAGUUUGUCUAAUAGCAAACGUGCAAGCCUGAAAUGCAUUACCCUAUGUUUUAAUAGCAAGUAUGUCAGCAACAUAUGGGUUGGGUUCUAGUAUUAAGAGUGUUGGGCCAGUAACCAAAAGGAUGCUAGUUCGAAUCCCUGAGUCGACUAGGUGAAACAUCUGUCAAUGUGCCCUUGAGCAAGGCACUUAACCUUAAUUUAUCCUGUAAGACGCUCUGGAUAAGAGCUUCUGCUAAAUAACUCCAAUGAAAAAUGUAGUAUGGCAGUCUGGUGCAAAAUUAAGUCAUCAGAAGAGUGUUUACUGUUCUUCUAUUAGCCUGAAUGUAUUUAUUAUUGGUAAUUGGCAUGUUUUAUUUAUAAUUUAUUGGUCAUUGGCUGCAUCUACUGUUCUUCUAUUGGCCUGAAUGUAUUUAUUAUUGGUCAUUGGCGUCUUCUAGGCUGAUAUUUGGUUUCGGGGAGAAAUAGAAUCAGGCUAUGUAUUCUAUUCCGUCUGUAGCCUACUGGUACAUAUAGGCAACUUCUUUCACGAAAUUUGACACCCCCUAAACUGAAAUUCAAUCAAGUGUAGGACACAUAUUCACACCACUACUCAGUAAUAUCAAUGUGGCAUGUUCUCCUUUCCAGCGCUGAAGCCAAGUUUUUCUGUUUCUGCCAAGUUUUUCUAUUCUUUUAAUAUAUUCAGUUUCAGUGAACAUUACAGAGACUUAAAUUAAUAGAUUCAGAAGUUGUAAAUACAUAUCACAUCGCGUUCCAAUUCCGAUGAAGCUACGCCAGUACUGUUUCAGCACCACACAGAUGGGCAGCGCCACAGAGAAGCAUGUUUUUCAGUGGGACAGGCAAAGCUGCAAAGUGGUCAUUCUCGCCCUAUCAGUCAUUUUAAAUGUUUUCCCUCUAAUACUUAAGUUUACCUAGAUAUAUUUUUGAUGUAAUGUUUGAAUUUUAAUACCACAUUACUCCCAAUUGUAUGCUAUAUAUGUUUUACUUCCCAGUGGGCAAUCACAUUCACACUUUUUAUGGAAACAGUCAACCCUAAAUCUCAUGGGGCCUUAUAGUUUUAUGAGGUUUAAUUGAACGCAGUAUAUUUUAGUUUUCAAUGAAAUACUCUAAGUGUCGCUGUUCAUUUCAUAAUGUGUGAUAGGCACAUCACUCCACCCAGUUUAUGCAUAGAAAGGGAGGAGAAAUUCUCUGUUCAGUGUGACAAACUAGUCUCGAUGAGACAGUCUAAACGUGUACGUCAGAAAUUACACAUUUUAACGGAGCAAAUGUUUCAUUUUGAGGGUUGAACAACAUAUUUACCACAAUUCUUAGUUGGACUUUUGUGUCAUUUGAGAAGAUGGAGUACAUUGGAUUAUCAUGGUCUGUCUCGAAGUUCGGUCUGGUUUUCCUUAUUUUUUUAGUGCGCACGAACAAUGGAGAUAUGAGCUAUUAUAUUCCUGAGGAGAUGAAAAGAGGAUCUUUGAUCGGAAAUAUAGCCAAAGAUCUUGGGCUGGAUGCAAGAAGAUUUUCAUCUCGCAAGGCUCGUUUUGGAUAUGGAUGGCAGUCGUCAACGUUACUGUGACAUUAAUGUGAAUACUGGAUAUUUGGUUGUGGCUGAAACAAUAGACAGGGAGGAGCUGUGUGGACCGAGGGUCUCCUGUACCUUAAAAUACGAGCUUGUCUUGGAGAACCCGCUGGAAUUGCAUCGUAUCACUGUGCAAAUUCAAGAUAUUUUCUAAAAAACGCGUUCAAUUAGAAAUUCAAGAGUCUGCUGAUAGAGGAACGCGCUUCCUUCUGAGUGAGGCUCAUGAUGCGGAUAUAGGACAAAACGCAGUUCAAAAAUAUUCACUCGAAAGAAACGACUAUUUUGUUUUAGGUGUUCAUACAAACCCAGAUGGUGGAAAAUACAGUGAGUUAGUAGUAGAGAAGGAGUUAGAUCGAGAACAACAGCAGGAGGCGACAUUCUUACUUACUGCGGUUGAUGGUGGGACUCCACAUAGAUCUGGUACUGUAGUCAUACACGUCACUGUCCUAGAUGCUAAUGAUAAUAUCCCCGUUUUUACUCAGAACGUUUACAAGGUCAGUCUACCCGAAAAUUCUCCUUUAGGCACAGUAGUGAGUACAGUGACGGCUACUGAUGCAGACAAGGGACCUAAUGGCAAGGUGACCUAUGAACUCAGUCGUAUAAGUAAGAAAGCGGGGAAGCUGUUUUCUAUGAACAAGACAACCGGAGAAAUAUACGUAAUUGGCGCCAUUGACUUCGAAGAGGAAACAUUUUAUGAAAUAAGCGUACAGGCAGAAGAUGGUUUAGGGUCAGCCUCAAAUUGUAAAGUUAUUAUCGAAAUCACAGAUGUGAAUGACAAUGCACCAAAAAUAUUUAUCAAAUCGCUUAGCAAUCCCACCCCUGAGAAUGUGUUACCUGGCACAGAGGUGGGCAUCAUUAAUGUACAGGAUGAAGACUCGGAGGGAAAUAGACAGGUCCGCUGCUCCAUUUAACAGAAUGUUCCUUUUAAACUAAACCCCUCAAUCAAAAACUAUUAUUCUCUAGUAACAACAAUCGAAUUAGUCCGUGAAAUAGUAUCAGUUUAUAACAUAACUAUCACUGCCACUGACGAGGGGUCUCCACCCUUAUCCUCCUCAAAGACUAUUCAUUUAUCUGUGUCAGACGUGAAUGACAACUCACCUGUGUUUGAAGAACAAUCCUACAGUGCCUAUUUGACUGAAAAUAACAAGCCUGGCUCUUCUAUGUGUUCUGUUACUGCCAGAGACCCAGACUGGAGACAGAACGGCACAGUAGUCUAUUCCCUAUUGCCCAGUGAGGUCAACAGUGUUCCGGUGUCAUCAUUUCUAUCCAUUAACGGAGACACGGGGGUGAUCCAUGCUGUGAGAGCAUUUGAUCAUGAGCAGUUUAGGAGCUUCAAAGUCCACGUUGUAGCCAGAGACAAUGGUUCUCCUCCACUCAGCAGUAACGUGACUGUGAGUGUCUUCAUAACAGAUGAGAAUGAUAACUCUCCCCAGAUAUUAUACCCUGUUCCAGCAGGGAACUCCUUGAUGACUGAGAUGGUCCCCAAAGCUGCUGUGGUGGGGUCCCUGGUUUCCAAGGUGAUAGCUGUGGAUGUUGACUCUGGACAGAAUGCAUGGCUUUCAUUUCAGAUCGUGAAAUCGACUGAUCCGGGACUUUUCACUAUUGGUCUCCACAGUGGAGAGAUCAGGGCACAGCGGGAUAUUUCUGAAUCUGACAGUAUGAAGCAGAACCUUGUGAUAUCAGUGAAAGAUAACGGACAGCCCUCUCUCUCUACAACCUGUUAUGUACAUUUACUUAUAUCAGACAACUUGGCUGAAGUUCCAGAACUGAAAGACAUGGCUUAUGAAGAUAGUUCCAAAUUGACUUCUUAUUUGAUAAUAGCACUGGUCUCUGUUUCCACUUUUUUCCUAACUUUCAUUAUUCUCAUCCUGUCCGUGAGGUUCUGCCAUAGGAGAAAGCCUAGAAUGUUGUUUGAUGGAGCAGUCGCCAUUCCCAGUGCGUAUUUCCCUCCCAACUAUGCAGAGGUGGACGGAGCAGGAACACUGCGUAGUUCUUACAAUUAUGACGCAUACCUGACAACAGGCUCACGCACCAGUGACUUCAAGUUUGUCAGAUCUUACCAUGACAGCACACUGCAGGCUGAUCAGACACUGAAGAAGAAUUUAAAUGAACCUUUUGGAGAAAAUAUAAUCACGUUCAACACCUUGGGGGAGUCUGAGGUGAGAUUGAAUAGCUUUCACAUUGUGAAAAACUCAGAUGCUUUAAAAAAAACUUACCUAGGCCUAUAGCUAUAUUGCACUCUGUGGUUGUGUGCUAUGGAUCUGCUUGGCCUAAUCCUAAAUGAUCGGUUGCUUGUGAACUUUGUAUUUUACUCGUUGUUUAUCCUGUAGUUUAAUUUAAAAUUGUGUAUGUUGUGUAGGUUUAGCAUACUUCGUUUGCUCCAUUUUGUAACGCUUAAUGGUCCAAUGCAACCGUUUUUAUCUCAAUAUCAAAUAAUUUCUGGUUAACAAUUAAGUACUUUAGUGUGAUUAUUUCAAAUAAAAUGGUUACAAACAAUAGCUUCUUAGUAAGAUACAUUUCUCAUGCAAGAGUUUUGUUAGGAUUGUCUGGUCUGAGUGGGUGGGGAAAACUGAAAACUAGCUGAUAGUGGCAGAGAGGUUUGGAACUCUCUUUGGUAUUGGUCUAUUGACUAAUUUACCGCCUGGUGAUGUCACCAGGCAGGCCAAACCCCAUUCCACCAAAACAGGCUGAAAUUUCAGGCAGUCUUUUCAAACAGCUCUUACACUUAAAGGGCAUUAUCAUAAUUUUCACAAUUUCACAGUAUUAUUCCAACCUUCAUAGUGUGGAUAUAUAUACAAAAUACAGGAAAAUCACGUUUUUGACUGCACUAGGCCAUUAAAAGUUAUCUCAAUGCAUACUUUUAUUUCAAUAUUUGGAUAUUGCUGUGUACUUCAAAAAGGCUUUUCAGUUAUGUUAUCCAGUGCCAUUUUUAAUCACUGGAAGUUUUUGAGGAUGUAUUUCCUUCAUCUACCAUUCGAUUUCUCUGUGAGUCAGUAGCUUACAACACACACAGGCCCAUUUCAGCACCGUAAGGGCUGGACAGCACACUUCUUCCCUGCACUCAUCCAGUCUCCACUUUGUAAAGUAAUACUGCAUCGAGUUGCCUAGGUGACAUAUUUUAGAAGAAAAAAGGGAUUUGUUUGUUUAUGUUUGUUCCACUGAUGUUGAAAACAAUUAAUGGACUUUACAUUUUAAUGGCUGCAUGGAUUUAACGUUGAGUUCUUCAAUAAUAGGUCAUUGGUUUUAAUGUUGUUGAAUAAUAACGCCUGUUAUAGCAAGUCGUUUUUGACUAUUCCGUUUUUUUCUUAAGCAUUCAUUUUGAACUGCCUUAGAUGACAAGAACGAUCAUAUUCUUUAUCUAUGAAAAGACAUGAACCCUGCAUUUUGGUUUGAUUAUUCGACAGCCUGUCCACCAAGCUGUCGAAUAAUAAAACCAAAAAUGCAGAAGUAAUUUGGUGAGACCUUUGCAUGAGUUUCUGCAGUUUUAUGAUACUACACAGAGUGUCGGUAUUCACCAGCAAUAGCUUAGAAAUCCAUCUCUCCACCCAUUCUCGCAAUUUACAGGGAGGAGGAGACCUAAUUUCAGCAGUGUAAAGAGUUGUCGCCUACUUAACAUUUUAAUGUGGUGCAUUUUGUAUCUACUGGUCGUAAACGUUUAUUUGAUUGGAUAGCACUGUAUUUUACCACAUCACUUGGCCUAUCUGGAAUAAGUUGUGUUCUCUGAAAAUGGAAUAUAAGGCAUCCUCGUUCUCUGCAUCAAUGUUCUGCCUGGCUCUGUUUCUUUCCCUGCUGCGCACCAGCUAUGGAGACGUGACUUAUUCUGUUCCAGAGGAGAUGAAACGCGGAUCUGUGAUUGGAAAUAUAGCUAAGGAUCUGGGACUGGAUGGAAAAACACUGUUGUAUAGGAACGCUCGUUUAGAUGUUCAAGGUAGCAGCAAGCAGUAUUGUGAAAUUAAUCUGAAUACUGGUGAUUUGGUCGUCGCUGAAAUAUUAGACAGAGAGCAGUUUGUUGCAGGAGGAUUUCAUGCACCCUAAAAUAUUAGAUGGUUCUGGAGAACCCUUUAGAAUUACAUAAUAUAAUUCUGCAGGUAUAAGAUAUUAAUGAUAAUGCCCCACAAUUCGCGGAAGAUGCUAUUACGUUUGAGAUUGGAGAAUCAGCAGUUAUAGCCUCCCGGUUUUCGGUUGAUCAAGCUCACGAUGCAGAUAUAGGACUGAACGCUGUUCAAAGCUACACACUUCAAAAGAAUGGCCAUUUUAGUUUGGCUGUGCAUACUAAUCCCGGUGGGGCAAAAUACGGCGAGUUAGUGUUAGACAAAGAGUUAGAUAGAGAACAACAGCAGGAUGUGACUUUAUUACUUACUGCUGUUGACGGUGGGACUCCACAGAGAUCUGGUACUGUAGUUAUACACGUCACUGUUCUAGACGCUAAGGAUAAUAAACCAGUGUUUAGCCAGAAUGACUAUAAGGUCAGUGUGCCCGAAAAUUCUCCAUUAGGUUUAUUAGUUGUUACUGUGACAGCCACCGAUGCAGACGAGGGGUUAAACGGGGACGUGAUUUACGGAUUUGGUCCAAUCUCAGAUGAAUUGAAUAAACUAUUUUCACUAAAUCCCAAAACGGGUGAAAUUAAGAUAGCUGGACUGAUGGAUUUCGAAAAGGAGUCCAUUCAUGAAUUAAGUAUCCAAGCUAAAGAUAACUCAGGGCUGACGUCUUUUGCCAAUGUAGUAAUCGAGAUUACAGAUGUCAAUGACAAUGCCCCAAGGAUAUCUCUUAAAUCUCUAACCACCCCUAUUCCUGAGAAUGUGUUACCUGGCACUGAAGUGGGUAUCAUUAAUGUACAGAAUGAAGAUUCAGAGGGAAAUAGACAGGUCCACUGCUUCAUUCAAUAAAAUGUUCCAUUCAAACUUAACCCCUCAAUCAAAAACGAUUAUUAUUUGGUAACAACUACUGAACUAGAUUGUGAGAUAAUAUCAAAUUAAAACAUAACUAUCACUGACAAGGGGUCUCCACCUUUAUCUUCCUCAAAGAAUAUUCAUUUAUCUGUGUCAGACUUGAAUGACAACACAACUGUGUUUGAAGAACAAUCCUACAGCUCCUAUGUGACUGAAAAUAACAAGCCUGGCUCCUCUGUGUGUUCUGUUACUGCCAGAGACCCAGACUGGAGACAUAACGGCACAGUGGUCUAUUCUCUAUUGCCCAGUGAGGUCAACGGUGUUCCGGUAUCAUCAUUUUUAUCCAUUAACGGAGACACAGGGGUGAUCCAUGCUAUGAGAGCAUUUGAUUAUGAGCAGUUUAGGAGCUUCAAAGUCCACGUUGUAGCCAGAGACAGUGGUUAUCCUCCACUCAGCAGUAACGUGACUGUGAGUGUCUUCAUAACAGAUGAGAAUGAUAACUCUCCCCAGAUAUUAUACCCUGCUCCAGCAGGGAACUCCUUGAUGACUGAGAUGGUCCCCAAAGCUGCUGUGGUGGGGUCCCUGGUUUCCAAGGUGAUAGGUGAUAGGUGUGGAUACUGACUCUGGACAGAACGCAUGGCUUUCAUAUCAGAUCGUGAAAUCGAUUGAUCCGGGACUUUUCACUAUUGGUCUCCACAGCGGAGAGAUCAAGGCACAGCGGGACAUUUCUGAAUUUGACAGUAUGAAGCAGAACCUUGUUAUAUCAGUGAAAGAUAACAGACAACCCUCUCUCUCUACAACCUGUGAUGUAUAUUUACUCAUAUCAGACAACUUGGCUGAAGUUCCAGAACUGAAAGACAUGGCUUAUGAGGAUAGUUCCAUAGUAACUUCCUAUUUGAUCAUUGCACUGGUCUCUGUUUCCACCUUUUUCCUGACUUUCAUUAUUCUCAUCCUGGUAGUGAGGUUCUGCCGUAGGAGAAAGCCUAGAAUGUUGUUUGAUGGAGCAGUCGCCAUUCCCAGUGCGUAUUUCCCUCCCAACUAUGCAGAAGUUGACGGAGCUGGAACUCUCCGUAGUUUUUACAAUUAUGACGCAUACCUGACAACGGGCUCAGUCAUACCAGUGACUUCAAGUUUGUCAGAUCUUACAAUGACAGCACACUGCCUGCUGAUCUUACAAUGAAGAGACCAGUUGAGCCUAUUGGAGAAAGUAUAAUUACUCAGAACAGUGCAGAAGAUUGUGAUGAGGCAAGAUAACAGUGGCCUGACAUAAUUUACUGAGUUAUCAAAUUGAAAUGUGCAGUUUGAAUAUCCACUUAAGGCUCAUAAGCGUUUGAGGCAUGGUAGGCUUGUUUAGGCUAGAUUUCAUUCGAUAAAUGUAGUAAACUGUUCCAGUGUGUUUACUUUCUGCCAUUGGUUUGGUUCCUCGCUCUUAUAAGAACUUUGUCCAUGAAAAGAUUCUGAUUCAGCGCCCACGACUUCGAAUAGGCCGUUCGCCUAUUCGAAGUCGAUUGUAUUUCAGCACCACUAUUAUGGACAGCGCCCACCACUCUGUAGGCUUCCGCAAUGGAAUGACUAAAAUACAAUUAUGCUUGAUCGGAAAAUGUGGUCGGAGGCUCCGUAUGGAGGGUGUGACGCAAAGCAGAGCCUCCGGAUGCAUACAGAGGCCAUAUUGAGCUCUGUACGGCGUAGCCGUGCGACUCCCAAAUGUUGUAACAAUGCAGCGGGCUCCAUAUAGCUCCGCAUUGACAUGAUUGGUUGACGGUAGGUGGGGGCGGGAGGUCCUGUAUAAACACAAACUCACUUCCUUGACAACUUCCUUCACAACAGCACUGCUCAACAGCUCUGCGCUGCUCCGGGAAGCGUAAGAAGUAUGAAUGCCCUGACUUCUGCAGAGGCCGUAUCACCAUAAAUGCUGCAUGGCCAAUGCAGACAACAGAUUGACUAUGCAGCGCCAUUAAAGAUAUUGAUAGUUAAACUUUUUUUCUGUUCUUACAUUUUUCUAAGGAACAUCAUCAGGGAUUUUUUCGACCAUUGAAAUCAUUAUUUCAUUUGAUUAUUCGUUAUUUUACAUAUUAAUAAACGUUUCAUGUAACGGUGCUUCAAGAAAACUAAUCUUAUUCAGUUUUAAAUCUAGCAUCCCUAGAUACAUCCGUUUAUAAAAAAGAGGAUUUACUUGAGGCUAUACAGUGAAUAUGGGUUUGAUUUAGUGUCAUGUUUGUUUGUUUGUUUAUACCCUGCUGCUGUUUUUGCAGUUCUUUGUGAUGUUUUCCAACUUCUCUCGAAGUCUUCUGUAGUUCAAAUGCGGACUUUAUGAUAGCAAUCUACCGUAUAGGCUACCUCUGACUUUGAUUGUUUACUAUAAUAUAGCCUAAAGCGUGUGAAGUGUAGACUAUCGCUUAUUUAAUCAACUGUCAAACAUUGAAAAAUGGGCCUCUAAGCAUCCUGAGCCUCAAAUCCACACCCUUUUUUGUAGUCAGUAACAGUGUUGAUAUAAAUACUCAGUGUGUCGCUAUACACCAGCCGUGAACAGAUAGAUCUCUCCUCAGCCUCUCCUCCCACAACGGUAAUAUUCAAAGCAAGAAAACACCCUCUGCAAGACAUCAUUUCGCUGGAUAAUCUGGAUGUAGGUGCUGCGUCUCUUCUCUUCGUUUAGCCAACUGCUGUAUAGCUUAUCUUCUAUUAUUUGAAUACUUUUUCAUCAAGAACAACUAGACUGUGCAGCAUUUCAGUAGGCUUACCUCGAAGAUGGGACAAAGCGUUUUAUCGGUCUCAAUACUCUGUGUGACUCUCCUUUCUCUGUUAAAACUGCACACGAGCAAUGGAGAUAUGAGCUAUUCUAUUCUGGAGGAGAUGAAACGCGGAUCUGUGGUCGGAAAUAUAGCAAAGGAUCUCGGGUUGGAUGCUAAAAGGCUCUCGGCACGUGAGGCUCGGUUAGACAUGGAUGGGAGCAGAACACGCUACUGUGAUAUCAAUGCUAACUCGGGGGAUUUGAUUAUCGCUGAAACAAUAGAUAGAGAGGGGCUGUGCGGUCCAAGGGUUUCGUGCUCUUUGAAAUACGAGCUCGUACUUGAAAAUCCUUUAGAGUUACACCGUAUUACUGUUCAAAUUCAGGAUAUAAAUGACAAUUCACUGCUAUUUUCUAGUGACCACAUAGAAUUAGAAAUGAGAGAAUCAGCGGAUAAAGGGCAACGUUUUUUCCUAGACGAAGCCCAUGAUGCGGACAUAGGAUUAAACGCAGUUCAAAGCUAUAUGCUCGAGCGGAAUGAACAUUUUGUUUUGGCUGUUCGUACAAAUACAGACGGUGGUAAAUAUGGCGAGUUGAUGUUAGAGAAGGAAUUGGAUCGAGAACAACAGCAGGAGGUGACAUUGUUACUUACGGCGGUUGAUGGUGGGACUCCACAGAGAUCUGCUACUGUAGUGAUACACGUCACUGUGUUGGAUGCUAACGAUAAUAUUCCAGUAUUUAGUCAAGACGCCUAUAAAGUCAGUCUUCCGGAAAAUUGUCCUUUGGGUACAAUAGUAGCUAAAGUUAGUGCCACGGAUGCUGACGAGGGACAAAAUGGGGAAGUGAGCUAUGAUUUCAGUAAUUUAUCUGAUAAAGCAGCGAAGCUGUUUUCUAUUCAAAAGGAUACUGGAGAUAUCAGAGUAAUUGGACGAAUAGAUUUUGAAUUGGAAACAUAUUAUGAAAUGCGUAUCCAGGCGAAAGAUGGAUCUGGUUUAGUUUCCAUCACAAAAGUAAUUGUCGAAAUCACAGACAUGAAUGACAAUGCACCUGUGAUAUUCAUAAAAUCUUUGAUAAAUCCCAUCCCUGUGAACGUGUUACCUGGCACAGAGGUGGGCAUCAUUAAUGUACAGGAUGAAGACUCGGAGGGAAAUAGACAGGUCCGCUGCUCCAUUCAACAGAAUGUUCCUUUCAAACUAAAAUCUUCUAUUAAAAACUAUUACACUCUGGUAACAACCAGUGAACUAGACCGUGAGAUAAUAUCAGAUUAUAACAUAACUAUCACUGCCACUGACGAGGGGUCUCCACCCUUAUCCUCCUCAAAGACUAUUAAUUUAUCUGUGUCAGACGUGAAUGACAACUCACCUGUGUUUGAAGAACAAUCCUACAGCGCCUAUUUGACUGAAAAUAACAAGCCUGGCUCCUCUAUGUGUUCUGUUACUGCGAGAGACCCAGACUGGAGACAGAACGGUACAGUGGUAUAUUCUCUAUUUCCCAGUGAGGUCAACGGUGUUCCGGUGUCAUCAUUUUUAUCCAUCAAUGGAGACACGGGGGUGAUCCAUGCUGUGAGAGCAUUUGAUUAUGAGCAGUUUAGGGGCUUCACAGUCCACACUGUAGCCAGAAACAAUGGUUCUCCUCCACUCAGCAAUAACGUGACUGUGAGUGUCUUCAUAACAGAUGAGAAUGAUAACUCUCCCCAGAUAUUAUACCCUGCUCCAGCAGGGAACUCCUUGAUGACUGAGAUGGUCCCCAAAGCUGCUCUGGCGGGGUCCCUGGUUUCCAAGUUGAUAGCUGUGGAUGCUGACUCUGGACAGAAUGCAUGGCUUUCAUAUCAGAUCGUGAAGUCGACUGAUCCGGGACUUUUCACUAUUGGUCUCCACAGCGGAGAGAUCAGGGCACAGCGGGAUAUUUCUGAAUCUGACAGUGUGAAGCAGAACCUUGUUAUAUCAGUGAAAGAUAACGGACAGCCCUCUCUCUCUACAACCUGUGAUGUAUAUUUGCUCAUAUCAGACAACUUGGCUGAAGUUCCAGAACUGAAAGGCAUGGCUUAUGAGGAUAGUUCCAAAGUAACUUCCUAUUUGAUCAUUGCACUGGUCUCUGUUUCCACCUUUUUCCUGACUUUCAUUAUUCUCAUCCUGGCAGUGAGGUUCUGCCGUAGGAGAAAGCCUAGAAUGUUGUUUGAUGGAACAGUCCCCAUUCCCAGUGCGUAUACAUAGUAAUAAUUAUGACGCAUACCUGACAACAGGCUCACGCACCAGUGACUUCAAGUUUGUCAGAUCUUAUAAUGACAGCACGCUGCAGGCUGAUCAGACACUGAAGAGGAGUCCAGAUGAAACCAGUGAAGCAAUUGAGAUUGGAUCAAAAUAUUUGACUUUGGUAAUGGGAAAAGUUAUGUUAAUGACGUGUAGAUCAGGGGUGGGGGAGAGGAAAUGUAUUUGUUUGGUCUCCUUCCAA